GGAUCAGUCACGUUUUAGCUCCAGCCUGCAAUGCUUCUGCUACUGACUGGCUGCGAACGGAAGAGUUGGUUCAGUGGGGGGUGCCAUGUGUUCACCAGGCAGCAGUAGACAAUCUGUGCUGUUAAGGCAAUAGAACCGUGAACGAACGCUGAAUAGAUGACAGUUUAUGAAUGGCUUGGCAUUCCCAGAGAGGUCAGGGGAGGCAGUCUGGGGGAUUGUCUCAAAGAAAGUACGUGCCCAAGAGGCCCCUGGUCCAAAGCAACCUGUCUGUCUGUGGGGAGAAUGAAGUGGACCAGUUACUAGACCUUCUUUCUACUCUCAAUGAAGAUAGGCCUCCCUACUUAAGUGUCUCUGAUGAGUUGCUGGACAGGCACACAUCUGAGCCUGUCUUGAGACCGAAAAACCUGAGCCGCAACACUGACUUAACAGAACAUGGUCCCACUUGGAAUGCCAAGCUUGGGAAGUUGUCCCAUCAGGGAAGUGAGGAGAAAGGGUCAGAGGUCAAUUUGACUGACAGGGAUAUCCUUGUUCCUAUUCGGUUACAAGGGGGUGCUUCAUUGACCUCUGGUCAUCCUUAUGGCUCAAUUGCGGGUCGAGGUGAUGGUGGCAACUGUGUCAAUUGGCUUGGGAAAUGGGGCAGGGGACGUCAACAGCCAGUGGAGAGAGAAUGUGUCUCUUUUGUCCAAAAAUGCAACAGCGGUUCACUAGGUUCUACCUUUCCCGGAGAUGCUCCUUUCUUCCCUGAAGUCCCCGACAUGCUAGACAGGCGUCAGGGGGAACAUGUAAAGCCUGCCUGUCCGAAGCAGAAUGAAAACGUGUCAACAUUCCAGGAUCUACUAGAGUCCUCCUGGACAUCUGCGAGCUUGCAUAGGUCAAUGUUGGAUCUGGAGAUCGGCUUAUCAUUUGUGGAUCUAGGCAUACUACCCCAGGCACCGAAUACCUCUGGAGACUUGGCCUUAUCUCCUGUGAAUCUUGGAUCUCCUUUAGAUCACGAAUGUCAUGGCCCUAGGCCCUCUAUCUCUUGCAAUGCAAAAAUGUCAUGCUCCAUUAUCCACUGUCACAAAGGGGGCAGAAGGUGUUCUACCAGCAAGGAUGGGUCUUCCACAAGUCUAUAUAAGGCUAACAGGGAAACCGAGUUCUCUGAACUCCAUCUUCAAAGCGAAAUCGCAAAGAAUGCUGGACAACAAUCAACAAACAUCCAUUCUCCUAGUGUAUCAGUGAAGGCACACAUUAAACCAUGGAGGAAAGCUGAAAGAAAGGCAGAAAAGAAGACUGAUGUUUUUGCGUCGGCCAUGCGUGGCUCAGAUUUCCCAAGUAAUAUGUACUUUUUACCUGCAAGCCUCUCUCAGUAUAGCUUCAGCGGUAGACAAAACAGCACAGAGGUGGCGUACCCUGAGCAUAAUACAAAAUGGUCCAAUGAAUUCUCAGGUCAAGCUAAGUCAGAUUCAGUGGACACUGUGCAUAGUUUUUACCCUACUUUAAAAGGGGUGGAGGAUUUGUUUGAGGUGCCGAGAGUCACAACAAGUAAUCCAGCUGUGUCACAUUCUCUCUUGUGGGAAGAAAGACUUGGAAUCACUAAGAAUUUGGGUCAAAUUACCCUCUCGGACAGAGAGAGGGCAGCUCACCUGAAGCGAAGCACUCCGAAUGCGCCAUGCCAAGACAACAGAGUGGGCCUCUCUCUGCUCCUCCAUAGCCAUGGCAGAAGAACUCCUGGGUCAACUACUCCUGAAAAGCAAUGUCAGAUCGACCCAUUAGUUACAACACACACAGGCACAUUGCAUACAUUGACAGGAGGCGCCAGUGGUGAAUUUCUUGGUGAAAGAGAUCUGUCUGCAGUUCAUCAGUCCCGGCCUAUGCCUAUUGACGCAGUAGAGAUUCAUAGCCCCAGUCUUGUGGAGACAAUAGAGGACAGCAGGUGGCUGGCACUCUACAGAUUCAGACUGCAGUUGCGCUGGUUCAGGACAUGGGACCAUCAGUGGAGGUCACACACACGGGCCAGACUCCAGCACCGAAGACACUUACUGAGGACCGGCCUCUCUGCCCUGAGGUGGGCUGUGGUGACCCGACGUGCCCAGACAGACACCCUUGCCAGGAGGACGGAUGCCCUGACCCUCGCCCACUGUUUCCAUCGGUGGAGGAGGUGUGUGGGACAGAUGCGUUGUCUCAACGUGAGCCCUGGCUCUGUGCGGGGUGACAUUGGGGUCGUGUGCCUGCUGAGGAGACUGACCCAGCCCAGCAACACCCUGGUCCUGAGGACGGCCUACUGUGCCUGGAGGAGCCACAUCCAGGGCAUGCAGCUCGGCAGGGCAUCACUCAUACACUACCAUCUGACUCUGCUGUGUAAGCACUGGCUGGUGUGGAGGCAGGCUGGUGUGAGGCUGCAGGCGUGGGCGCUGCAAGCCCAGAGGGCAGCCCUCCACUGGGACCACAGGCUGCAGAGUAGGGCCUACGCCUUGUGGAGAGCUGCCUGGGUCACGGCACGUCUGGCCACAGAACAGCACAGGGCGUCCUGCCUGGCUGCAGCCUGGAGCGUGUGGGUGGCCCGGGCCACACAGAGGGAGGAGGAGCGAUCUGCUAGGACCAAUCAGAGUGCUGGCUUCCACAGGAGGAGCCUACUGCAGCACAGCCUUCUGCUGUGGCUAGAGAGAGCAGAGCAGAGAAGACGACAGAGGGAUAGGCUGCAACGCAUCGUCAGGAGGGUUGCCCAGCGCUGGCGCGAGCACACACACGGAUCCCGGUUGCGGCGCGUGUGUGUCAAGGCCGAACUGGUGCUCUCCAGACAAAUUUUAGCAGUGGCCUUUGGGAGGUGGCACCAGGAGUUUGCCCGUGCAGACUGCGGGCACAGACUGGUGCAGAGGUGGCACAAUCUGCUGGAGUGGAGGAGGCUGCAGGAGGCGUUUACAUCCUGGAACCGCAGGGCCCUGGUCAGGAGAGGGGCCCUAGAGAUACAGGAGAGAAGGCAACGGGCACAGCUCUCACACAUACUGCGUGGCUGGCGGGGUGUGGCCGAGCGCAGGGCGGCGUGCAUGUGUUACUGCAGCGAGAGGAAUGAUCGGAUGGCCGCACACACCCUGCAGAGCUGGAGGAGAGCCACAGCGCUACGGUCCCGACACACACGCCUCCUCACACACCUGCUGGAGAGGAGGAGGACACAGGCGCUGACCCUAGGGACACUGACAGGGAAUAUGAGGCCGAGUGAGGCGGUGACGCCAAGGUUGUAUGGUGGUGCCAGGCUCAUCACAUUGGAGGAGUUGUGUGACAACCUGCAGCUCCAGACAAGCCUUCACUCCUGGAGGAGGGAGAAGAGCAAGCUCCAGCUAGCCAGACUGUACUGUGUGGCCCGGGCGAGGGAGCAGGUGAGAUUGGCGCUGCAGCGUUGGCAUGAGCUGGCGUGGGAUUCCCAGGCCUGCAGGGUGCACAGGUUCAGGACUAGACUGGCAGCGCUGGAAUCCUCUUCCUCUGGGUUCGGCAGCACCUCUCCCCUCUCCCUGAAGCUUGCUGUGGCAGAGCAUAACAUCAGCACGGAGCUCAGCGAUUGGUCAAACAGCUCCUCUUCAGCACAGAUGGACAGAGGAUGCCCCCUACUGGCCUCAUCCCCAUUGGAAAGUCUCAAGACCUGCUUCCAGGUCGAGAACCAUGUUGAUUUUGCAGAGGGUGACCAAACCUUCUGCCUCUCGCAUCAAAGUCUCCCAGAUCACAAGAGCUCACCCAGAUUAAAGGGUGUCAUGGGGAGUGUGGUGGGCCGGAUGCUACGUCCCUCCCUCAGUGUGGCCUUCUCUCAGUGGAGGGACUAUGUCAGAGUCGGCAGGGAGCAGCGACGCCUCAUGGGCCUGAUGGCAGAUGUCCGCAGACGGGCCAUGCUUGGCACCGCCCUCAGCCUGUGGAGGAGACACACUCAGAGCCUCAGCACCGCAGCCAUACAGAUGGAAACUGCAAUUCUGACUUUCUCUGUGGCUCACUGGAGAAGGGUGGUCGCUCACCAAAGGUUAAAGGUCACCCUGCAGAGGAUGGCCGACGACUUCCACACCACGGCAGUCCUCAGGAGCUGCUUCUUAACAUGGGAGAAAAAGCGGACGUUGAUUAGAGUAAGGCCAGACCCGGAGGCCCGGGCCCAGCUGGUGAAGAGGGCGGUGUGGCUGCGGAGGAGAGGAGAGAGACAGAGGACCCACAGCACCUUCACCCUCUGGACAGCACGCCUCAGACAAAGCCAGGCCGUCACCGCCUUCUACACACACACCACGCUCACCAGGGUGUUUACGGCGUGGGAGCAAUGUGUCCACUCCCAGAGGGAGAUGAGCGCUCUAGCCCGGGCCCACCUCCACCAGAGGCUGCUUGGCCAAGCCCUGGCCCACUGGAAGGGGUCUGCCACCCGCAGCCUUGAGUUCCGCAGGAGAGGCCAGGAGAGACUGGCGCUGGGGGCCAGACAGAAUCUGCAGCGCUGGAGAGAUCAUACCCACAGGAUGUGUGAGCUGAGACAGCUACUGGGUCAGUAUGUGGAGAGUGAGAGAAGGGCAGCGAAGAGGGGAGCUCUACACACCUGGGUCCAGGCCACUGUGAAUGUCAGGAAAGCCCAAGACGUACACCAGCAGGCUUUCAUGAGCAGACUACUGCAGCGAUGGCACGCCCAGGCCCAACGCAGCGCCAGAGAGCAGAGUGCCAUCAUAGCCAUGAAGACGCAGAGGCACAGAAGAACUCUGCUUGCGGCUUUUACUUCCUGGAAGGAGCGUUUCCUCUACCAGCAGAGCUUAGCCAGGGCAGCAGCACGCCACUGGAGACAGAGGGCACUCGAAAGCAAGGCAGCCAGCCACCGCGUCACCUGUCUGACCUGGUAUUCCUUCACCCGGUGGAGAUGGGCGCUGCACAGACGGAGAGACAGGUGCCAGCGGGCGAGGGUGCUGGGCAGAGAGUGGGCGCGGCGCGCCAAGCAGAGCGUGGAUGACCAGGAGAGGGCGACGGAGCUCCUUCAGCAGAGACAGAGAAGAGACGUUGCAGAAAGGUUCUACUACUGGAUCGCAGCCUAUCAGUCCUCACUGACCAGUUUGGUAUUCCACAACCAGACUCUGUGCAAGAGGGUUUUCCAGAGCUGGCAAGCCUACACCGGCCCUGCACUAGCACGUAAGCACAAAGGUGCCAGGUUCCAUCUUGGCAGAGCCAGGAGGCUGGUGGCCCUGUGUUUUACCCACUGGAGGAGUGAGCUGGAGCAGGCUCGAAACAGACUGAAGGUCCUGGAGCAGAGACUGAAACACAUACACUUCAAACUCACUGCUGUCACCAUGAACCACUGGAGAACGGCCACUAGAGGGUGCAUAGCGCUCAAACACUUCAACAGAGGGACAAUACGCCAGUGUUUUGAUCACUGGAGGGAGAGGACGCGCACAUCCAGAGCAGUCACUAUACUGUGUGUACAGAGAGAGAGGAGAGGGGCACGUGAAGUUCUGCUAUGCUGGUGGAAGUGGACUAAAGUGUCUAGAUGCCAGAGGCAGAUGGAGGAGGCAGUGUGGCUGUGGCUGGAGGGUCGCAGAGUGACCAGAGCCUUCCAACUGUGGCUCAGAGUCCACCAUCGCCACCAAGAGGCCUCACGGCUGGGACGGGCUCACCUAAUGCGCAGGUAUUUUCGGGUCUGGCGAGGGGUAGUGACGGAGAGCCUGUCAACUUUUCAGGCGGCGGAGUCACGGCUACGCACCCACCAGACCCAAUCAGCUUUCAGUGUCUGGAGAAGGCGCACAGUGUCCCAUAAUCUCUUAAGUGACCUGGUCCAGAGAACUAAAUCCAGGCAGAGGAGUCGUCUGCUGAGAUCAUCACUCCACACCUGGCACCAAGAGGUCCAGCUGCGUAAAAGACGAUCUCUACACCUCUCACAGAAGUACUUUGCCUGUUGGGUGAACAGAAUUGGCAUCAGACACAUUGAAAGGAAGAAUCAGUUGGAGGCUAGACUGAGGGAGUGUCUACGGCGGUGGCGUUUAGGUGUGCUGCUGAAAAGAGCUCGGAGGAGACUCACCCAGGUGUUGUGGGUCAGCUGGAGAGACCAGACCGCUGCUGCACUCCUACUCAAGACCCUGCACACUGACCGACUGCAGCAGGGGGCGUGGCUGACAUGGAGGAAGAGACGCAUCAGAACCCGGGUGUCUGAGACCUUUGCCGCGCAACUGGACCAAGCCCUCAUUGCGCAGGUGUUCAACAUGUGGCGGCAGAAGCAUGCUCUUCGCUCCACAGCGACCGACACGUGACCUACGGUAUAGGGAGAAGUCGCUGUCCUCUGCUCCGUCAACCCUUGACCUCUCCCCCCAACUCCUAGCCCCUAUAUGAUAGGGGAGAUCACGAGUAGUGUGUGGCUUUUCACCAUACUACCAGUACAGCACUUCAUAUUUCAAAAUAGAGGUUCACUUUUUGGUUUCUUGGAUCAAUGUCAUCUGGCAACAGUCAUUGCUCACAUUUCAAAUGUAUUGUUUUGAAAACAUGUGACAACCAUUCUCAUAGAUUUAGGCUUUUACCUCCUUUGAAUGCUCUUAGAAGUGGAAAUUAGUGUCGGGAAACUACUAAGAACAGCUUUGAGACAUAAUAGAUACACUGUUCAUAUUUCACACUAUUAAUCCUGGAAAGCAGCACACUGUGCGUGAGUGCCACUAUUAGAACUAAUUUAACUCCAGUAUUUGAAAUUCUUUCACAAUAAAUUCCAUUCUGAGUAGACUUUUGUUUUUGUGAUUCCCAAUUGAACUGUGACUGUCUUAAUAUGAUAACUUUGAAAUUGUAAUCAGAAUAUGAAACAAUCACAAUAUGUCCCAUAUUCUCUCCCAUAUGUAGAAAUAAGCAGACAAAACAGAAUAAAGUGGAUAGGUAGGUAGAAGGUGGGUAAGUAAAUAAAUGGAUGAAUGGUUAGGUGGGUAGGUAGAAGGUGGGUAAAUAGUUAGGUAGAAAAGGGUGGUGGGUAGGUAGUAAGGCGAGUAUGGUAGGUUUUCAUUAGUUUAGGCAGCAGCCACUGAAUAAACCUGUAGUUAGAGAUAUGAUUACAUUUGAAUAAGAACAUGACUUGUAAACAUGGUUGUGUUAAAAAAAAAAAAAAUCACUUGAAGGGUGAAAACAUACACUAGAACUACAGUACAGUAUAAACCUAUUCUCU